AUGCGGUUCAUUCCAGUUUUCGCAACCGCGUUGCUGGCCGUGUCCAAUGUCGCGGGAGCUUCACCUCAAGCUGGAUCAGCCAGCCCUGCUCCUGCUGCUCCUGCGACAGAUACUGCUGUCGCGCCGACUGUAGACACUCCGGCAAGUCAGGCUCCCAGUCCCAAUGCCAACUUUGUCAGCGAACCCGCAGCUACUACUCAGCCUGCGGCGGCUCAACCUGCCGAGACUCAGCCUGCAGAGACUCAACCACCACCGCCAGCCGAUACCCAGCCGCCUAGCAACAACGCUGGUUCUGGUGACGCUGUCAGCAACGCGCCUCCAGCGAACACCGCCAACAGUCCCUCGGUGGAGAGCACAUCCUCACCCGACCCUGUGGCCAGUAUCGUGAAUCCCAGUGCCGGUAACACGGCCCCUGCGGUCACUGUGACCACUGCCGCUCCGAGUGCAUCCCCGGCCGAGACUGGUGCGGCACGCGGAUCUUCCAGUGACUCGGGCAGCUCAUCUAGCUCUAGCUCUAGCUCCUCUUCGGCCGCCAAUGACGACCUCACGAACAAGCUUAACGGUCUCCUCUCGGGCCUCACUGGAGGCGGAAGCUCCGGGGGACUCGGUGGUAUCUUCUCAGAUCUUGACCAGCUUCUCAAGGGCUUGGCGGGACUUCUCGACCCGUCCCUACUUUCGAAUAUCGAGAACACAUUCAAAUAUCUUUCUACCUCGUUAGCCCCUCCCGUGGACAACAAUAUUCGUGUUCUUCUGUCCAACGACAACACUCAGGCUAUUGGAGAUCUGAUCGCCAAUGCCAACAUGUUGCUCAACAAGAAGAACACCCAGACUUUGAGCAACAUCUUGUCCAAGGCAGACGCCCUUCUCAGUGAGAACAACCUAAACAACUUGGAGAAGCUGCUCAACAACAUCGACAAGGUCAACGAUCUGGUCGAAAAUGCCGAUGCCCUGCUUUCCAAGAACAAUGUCAACGCCAUCGAGAACCUCGUGAGCAACGGCAACUCCCUGCUCACGAAGGACUUUGUGGCGAAGACCAACAGUCUCAUCAAUGCCGCUUCCGAUCUUCUCACGCAACAAGUUUCCAACGCGCUCAAGGAAUUGCUGAAUGCUCUUGUGCCUCUGCUUCCGCAGGUCAAGAAGCUCUUGACCGACUCGACUCUUGGUGCUAUUCAGAACCUGUUGACCAACGGCAACGCUCUGCUGAGCCCGGAAUUUAUCAAGAAGACCAACAGUCUCAUCGACGCGGCUUCGAACUUGCUCACUCCAGACGUUUCCAACGCUCUCAAGCAGCUGCUCAACUCCAUCUUGCCCUUGCUCCCCGAGCUCAAGGGUUUCCUCACCAAGGGCACCUUCGAUCAAAUCACCAACCUGCUAUCCAACGGCAACGCUCUCCUCACCCGGCCUUUCGUCGACCAAACCCACGCACUCAUCGACUCCGCCUCUGGUCUGCUUACCAAGGCUAAUGUCAACGCUCUGGAGACUUUGCUCAAUUCGCUGGUGCCCUUGUUGCCUGAACUCAAGUCGUUCCUCACCAAGCAGACCUUUGAUGAGAUUAACAACCUGCUGGCGAACGGCAACUCUCUUCUUACCCAAGAGUUUGUACAUGAAACCCAGGAUCUGGUGAAGGGAGCCUCUGCCUUGUUGACGCCCGAUGUCGCCAACGCUCUGAAGACCUUGCUGAACUCGGUUCUGCCCCUGCUGCCCGAGUUGAAGGCCUUCCUUACCAAGCAGACUUUCGAUGAAAUCAACAACCUUCUCGUCAAUGGCAACUCUCUUCUCACCAAGGAAUUCGUCCACGAGACCCAGGAUCUGAUCAAGGGGGCCUCUGCCUUGUUGACGCCCGACGUCGCCAAUGCUCUGAAGAGCUUGCUGAACUCGGUUCUGCCCCUGUUGCCCGAGCUGAAGGACUUCCUGACCAAGGAAACCUUUGACGAGCUGACCAACUUGUUGGUCAAUGGCAACGCUCUACUCACCAGGGACUUUGUCACUGAGACUCAGGGCCUGGUCAAGGGAGCAUCAGCCUUGCUUACUCCCGAUGUUGCCAACGCUCUCAAGACCCUGUUGAGCUCCGUCCAGCCACUCCUACCGGAGCUGAAGAAGUUCCUGACGCCACAGACCUUCUCCGAGCUGAGUAGCCUGCUCUACAGCGGUAGCGAGUUGUUGACGCCCGAAUUCACCAACGCGACUCGGGAUCUUGUGACCAAUGCCGACCAGCUUCUGACUCCCGAGCUAACGCAUUCGCUCAAGGGUAUUCUUGACGAGAUCACUCCGAUCUUGCCGGCAGUCAAGGGCCUGCUCAGCAAGUCCACCAUCGACGAGCUCGUUGCACUCCUGAAGAACGCCAAUGACCUUCUGACACCAAGCUCGGUCAAGGAGAUCAACUCUCUCCUGACCAAUGCCAAUGACCUUCUUACCCCUGGUAGCAUCAAGGAGAUCAACUCGCUCUUGACCAACGCGAACGACCUUUUGACUCCUGCGUUUGUCAAUGAGACCGAGUCGCUGAUCACUGGGGCAAACGAUCUGUUGACACCGUACGUUGUGGGCGGCCUGUCUGACCUGCUGAAUGGCCUGGUCCCCGUUGUACCAGACAUCAAGAAGGACUUCUUGAACCACACCACGCUGCAAAACCUCACGUACCUCCUUGGUAAUGGAACCACGCUACUGACGCCCAAGUUUGUGAGCGAAACCAGUGGAUUGGUUGAUGGAGCUAGCAAGCUGCUCACUCCCACUGUGGUGCGGUAUCUCGAAGAGCUGCUCAUCGAGAUCUACGCCAGCUGGCCCGAGAUCAAGAAACUAGUUUCUCCCGACUCUAUCAAGGGCAUUGCCGGUCUUUUGACCAACGCGGAGGAUCUCCUGACUCCGGAAACCGUCAAGGACCUGAAGAGCCUGCUCACCGAGGUUGACGGCAGUAUGCCCGAGAUCAAGAAACUGAUCUCCCCAGACUCCAUCAAGAUGAUUUCCGACCUUCUCACCAACGCGGACGACCUCUUGACGCCCGAAACCGUCAAGGACCUGAAGGGUCUUCUCACCGAAGUCGACGGAAGCAUGCCAGAGAUCAAGAGCCUGAUUUCACCCGACUCGAUCAAGCGGAUCUCUGGCUUGUUGACCAACGCCGAGGAUCUUCUGACACCCAAGUUCGUCAAUAACACCGCGGAGAUUAUCACCGAUGUGGCUGGUCUACUUCCUGUUCUUGAAGCUUUGUUGAACAGCCUAUAA